UCUCUCUUUCUGCCUGUCUUCCUUUUCUAUCUCUCAGUCAGUAAUAAUGGAGCCGAGCAGUCCGAAGAAGAUCCAGUUUGCGGUGCCUCCGUUGCAGGGACAGCUUGACCCGCAGGCCGCCGAACAUAUCCGCCGCAGAAGACCGACUCCUGCCACUCUGCAGAUCUACAGACAACCUGGCACAGAUGUUAGUGAUCAAGUCAAUGCCAGUGGAGAGUCACAGGCUUCAGACGCUGCUCAGAGGAAGCAGAGCACCUUCGCCCCGCCCACCAUGAAAGGUAAACUGGACAGUUCAGUACCUGAAGAGGACGAGGAGGACAGCAGCCCUCAGGACGGCUGAUAGCAGGAGAAAAAGUCCCAAAAGAGAGGCAGCCAAUUCAUCCACGAUACUCUGAAGGAACCAACAGACGGACUUUUACGCUCCCACAGGACAUCGACCUCUGUGCAGCUCACUGAGAAACUGUCGGCAGAAGUUAAUACCUUCAUUUUUAAUAUCAGUACAGAUUCAACCAGCUUCUCUUCAUGAACUUUAAAAGCAGCCAGAACAGUUUUCACACAUCACUUAUGUACAUUAAACUCAACAUAAACUUGAGUAUUAUACUUUUAAAAAAAUUAAAACUUACCUUUGUUUGUCCAUUUUCAGCUCAUGAAUAAGGUGGAAGUAUGAUAUCAAAUGAACGCUACCAGCACAGUUAGCCUCUAACGGACAUUUUAACACUUUUGGCGGGAAAUAACACUUUUGGCGGGAAACUUGUAAACUUGUUGAGGGACUUCUGAUGCUGUAAAACAACAAAUUUCCAUAUUUACACACUUAAAAAAAAUACUGAAAAUGAAGGAAUAUGAAUAUGGACAGCUAUAUAUUUUAUCUUUGUCUGCUGGCUACUUCGUAUUUUGUAGCCAAGAAAAAACAGCAAAUUAAACCAAUUUAAUUAAAAAUAAUCCAGUGAUAUAGACUCAGGUUAGCUUAGUUAGGUCUAAAACAUUAAAAAAAACUAGCUAACGUUCUUACCGUUAGCUGUUUCAUGUUUGCUGGCUAGUUUCAUAAAGUUGCGCAAUAUGUUCACAUUUACAGUUACGAAAUUAGCUAGUUAAUUACGUGUUUAAAUAACUUUAAUGGUUUUAUACUAGACGUAAUCCACAGUUUUCUACUUAUUAUAUCAGAUGUACAAUCAUUGUUCUGGCUAAUUUUCUCGGUUAUUUCCCCUCCUGAAUGUUUCAAAAUGUCCAAAAUUUCACUAUUUGUUUACAUGACACAAUGUUAAUGCUUUAUUAUACAGGUCCUCUCAUCUUAUACUUAAUUUCAUGGGAACUUUCUGAGUAAUUAGCAGAUAUUUAAAGGUUAAAUCUUAGGACAUUUUAUUGAGAUUGUGGUGCAAUUUGGUACAAGUUGUAGGAGAAAUACUUGUUAAGUGUUAAGUUGAUUCAGUCUGUAAGUGUUGGUUUAAUAUAUUUGGGCUCAUACGUACUUAUUAUUGCAAAACUACCUUAAAAAUACUCUUAACAAGUGUUUAACUGACAGAAAAUAACUUAAAUAUUUAGCUUUCAUUGUGUAGUUUUGUGUCAUACUACAUAUUAGCAUAUUAGGUUUCUUAAAAACUCGACUUUAAUACCAAAUAAUUAAAAAUAAAUGUCACAAUAAUUCACAUUUACACAGCAGCUACUUUAAGGAAAAACAUAUAAAAACCUACUAUGCUAAUAAAUCAUUAUAUGACACACAAAGUAUUCAGUAUUUUCUUAAAGCUGAAUAAUUAAGUCUAAUUUUUGAAGGUUUGAACAAUAACAACUAUGUAUGAACUCAUGUAUAUUGAGCAUUUCAUACUAACUAAACCACCUUUCUUAUAAUUUGUACCAUAUUGCAACACUUAGGGAGCGUAAUAAAGAUAAUAUCACACUCUUAACACCACCUUCGUGAAGCUUUUAGCCAAUAUAUCAUUUUUCUUAAUACUAUCAGUGUGUCUUUUUAUUUUAUUUUAAACGGCAGACAUUUGGAGAAUCUGAUUUUCGGUACUAGUUACACCUCUGCUAUAAUGUCUGCUGUGAAACUAUAUUCCCCUUAUAUUGUAUUUAACUAUAAAAGACACAUAUAAUUGGGGUUUUUGCCAUUUUAAUGUUUCAUUCAGUGAACUGUUCGGCCACUUUAACAGUUAUAAGUUACAUCUAUGCAAAGUGAAGUUUACAGUUGAUGAGCACAGGAUUCAUUUUUUAAAUAAAGUGAUUAUGUUAAUGUA